UUUGUUAAACAAGACUGUUAACAAAAAUUUAAAGUUUUAAAAUUAUAUCCAAAUUUAUAUUAUACGAUUUUAUUUAACAUUUAGAAUCUCUGUUAGAGUCGAAUAUUGCAAUAAGAAACUAUUACUAAAAUGUAAACAACUUCUACGGGGUAGACUGCAAAACUUCAAAACAAAUAAAUUUUAGAUCAGAUGAAAGGAAGAUAGGCUAUACCUAGGACCUAGGUAGUACCUUAGAUGCAAUUGGCGGUUUAUUAGGCCUAGAGUGACAACGUAGUUUUGUGAAUUUUUUGUGAAUAUGAUGCGUCGAGCUUCAGGUUUUUCUGCAUGUAGGAGACCUUUGCGAACUCUGCUGUAUGUGGUUUCCUGUAUUGGAGCUUUUAUGUGUGGAAGUUUGAUGACUCUUAUGUCUGUUGACCCAAUGUCAUGUGAUAUUCAUCGUUGUACUGAAAAGAUAAAGCGAACUGAUGUUGAAAAUACCAACAGCUGGCUUGGUAUGUGGGGUCAAAAUGUCAAAGGCCCAGAGAAGCAUGUUUUUCUUGUAAUUGUAAUUUUGUCUGCCCCAAAUAAUGUUGAACAAAGGGAUGUCAUACGACAGACGUGGUUGAGUGAAGAAAAGUCAGAUUCACUUCACUUUUUUGUUGUAGGUACAGAAAAUUUAAAUGAAAGCAUUAACACCACAAUUCAGUCAGAACAGAAGCGUUUUGGUGAUAUGAUGUUACUUACAAAUGUUAUUGAUUCAUAUGAAGCUUUAACUAAGAAGCUGUUAGCUGCUUUUGUGUAUGUUCAUUUUAAUGUUAAGUUUAGAUUCUUUAUGAAAUGUGAUGAUGAUACAUUUGUGCAAAUACCACAACUUCAUCGAGAAUUAAAAAGUGUGCCAUACAAGCAACGCUUGUAUUGGGGAUUUUUUGAUGGCCGGGCUACUCCAAAGAAGAAGGGUCCAUGGAAAGAGGCAGAGUGGGUCUUAUGUGAUAGAUAUUUACCUUAUGCUUUAGGCGGAGGAUAUGUUUUGUCAUCAGAUGUUGUCACGUUUAUUGCCACAAAUUCCAAGUAUUUAAAACUUUAUAAGAAUGAAGAUGUGUCAUUGGGUACAUGGGUAGCCCCACUUGAUUUGCAUCGAGUGCAUGAUACAAGGUUCGAUACAGAAUACAAAUCCAGAGGUUGCAACAAUGAUUAUCUAGUCACUCACAAGCAGAGCACAUUGCACAUGCGAGAGAAAUUUACAUCCAUCAAAUCCACAAGCUUACUUUGCAGAGAGCAGUUUCAAGUAAGGAAAUCAUAUAAUUAUAAUUGGAAUGUACCUCCAUCACAGUGCUGCAUUCGCAAUGACAGUUCCCUGCCAUGAAGAAUUCGUUAUUCAUCUGUCAUGUAGACUAUGAUGCUUGGUUUUGCCAUGUAAAUUACCGGGAGGUUUCACAUUAUAUAGGUGACUCUAUAACCCUUUACAGUACCGCUCUCUAUCAAGAAUCUGUUUAAAGAUGAAGUACAGAUUCACUACAGUAUAAUACAGCACUGUACUUCAUAACAUACUAUUCAUGUCAGUACGUAUUGUACGUAUAUUUAUUUCCAAAA